UAUUGAAAUUUUUGAAAUCCAUCUUCAUUACAAGCAACUUGUGUCGAAAGAUUAAAUCUUGACCAACUGGGUCUCUUCCAAUUCCUUCUGAUUUUGCCAGCGAGGUUUGGAUUUCUGCUUUUGUAUAUUUUCGUUGAGUCUUUGAAGCUAUGGAGGCUUACAAGAAAUGGGUGAGGCAGAACAAAGAGUUUGUGCACUCCUUGGAGUCUUUGGCCAAUGGACUGACAUGGCUUCUUCCGGAACGGUUUUCUGAAUCAGAGAUUGGACCAGAAGCAGUAACAACCGUUCUGGGUAUCAUCACAGCUCUCAAUGAACACAUAAUUGAUACUGCUCCUAAGCAAAAUAUUUCAGGCUCUGUUACGCCUUAUUCAUUUCCUUAUCCAUUAUGGUUAUCUGCAUUAAAGGAUUUGGAAACAUUAGUUGAAGUUGUGGCACAACAUUACUAUGGUGAUGAUAGGAAAUGGAAUUUCCUUGCUGUUACUGAAGCAACCAAGGUACUGUUUCGGUUAUCUUUAUUUCGUAAGAGUGGAUAUAAGAUGCUGCUACAAGGAGGUGAAACACCUAACGAUGAGGAGCAUUCAGAUAGUUUUACUUCACAACAUAUAGGCUUAAAACCCGAUGUUCAUCAUAGACCUGGUUAUAUGAAAAAUAAUCUUGGUGCAAACCCAAUGAAUCUUGAAGGAAGAGCACUAUCUGCUUUGGUUAGAUUUGGAGAAAAUGCCAAGGUAUCAGAUCCAGUGAGAUUACACCGAGUUCAACACCAACAACAAACUAUGGAGCUUACAACUUCAAGAGUAGAUAGGCCUACACUUUUCACCAUACUGUCAGAAAGGGGUCUGCGUGGGACUCUGCUUUUUAUUGGAGAGGUUCUAUUUAUAAGCAGACCACUGGUUUAUGUUUUAUUUAUUCGAAAAUAUGGUAUUCGGUCAUGGACCCCUUGGUUCUUUUCGCUGGCUAUUGAUUGCAUAGGAAACAGUUUUCUUUCACUUGUUACAUCAUCAGUGGUUGGUGGGAAGGAGCAAGUGUUUCAUCUGUCUGCUCCAGAAAAGGAUGAGGUUAAACGACGAAAGCUGCUGUUUGUUCUUUACCUAAUGAGAGAUCCAUUUUUCAGCAAGUACACUAGGCAAAGACUUGAAAGCACGGAGAAAACUUUGGAACCUAUUCCUGUGAUAGGUUUUCUUACAGCAAAACUUGUUGAGCUUAUGAUUGGAGCUCAAACACGAUACACUUACAUGUCAGGAUCGUGAUAUAAGUCCGGAACGAACACCUAAUUGCCCUCCAAGAUUUUGGAAAGAUAGAUAUUCUUACUCUUCUUCCAUGCCAUAUCCUGUUACAGAUCUUUCAAAUGAUGAAGAGAUAUCAAACCAGCUACUGCUAUGAUUGAAAAAUAACAAACCAUGCAGGCUUGAACAUUUCUCUUGCUAGACAAUCCCACACAUAGAAUGUGUUAGGCUGCAACCCGUUUGUGGGACAAGUUGUUUGCAAGGAUGGUUUCACUAUCAAUAACCCUGUAUAAGCUGGAAUGUUUCCUUGGGAGAUUUUGUUCUACUCCUAUACACAGCAUAGGUUGGUGAGACAGAUUACACUUGUAGUUCUGAGCAUCAAUUCUCUAGUUAAUCUGAUUCUUGAACUC